UUAUAUAAAGUUGGGAUUUAUGUGUCUCAGGUACAGAAUAACAUCCGAUUUUAUGUACAUAUCAGUUCGUUUUUCUUGUUUAGUUUGAUUUUAAAUUUAAAUAUGUGUACAAGACAGAAACUGUGAUUGGAGUAACGGCAAUUAUGGUUUUAUAAAUGAAAUGGAGAAAGAAAUGGAGCGAAGACUAAAGAUAUUAGCCAAUGUUUUACAUGACGCCGCAAAAGAAGCUGAAAAAUGUUCAGAAUAUCCACAGCAAAUUGAUGAGCUUCAAGUUACCCUGCGUUCACUGAGGUUUGAAAACCAGUAUCUGCAAAAUGAAUUAGAAAAGAUAAAGGCAGAGCAGAAAGAAAAAGAAAAAGAAUUCAGAGCUGCUUUAAACGAGGAACAGGUCUGUAACAACACAUUAAAUGCACGUUUGAAGGAAACCUUACGAAGACAUGACGAACUGAGACAGAAACUUCAAGAAACUCUUGAAAAUAAACCAAAAGAUGUCGAAGUAAGCGACGCACUACGUCCAACAAAGGUUGCCGAAACCUACCAGGAAUUAUACGACAACCAAUGGACAGAUGCUUAUGAAGAAUUUGAGAAACACUGUCUUUAUGAUGAGGAAAGGACAACACAGGCACUCUUACACGUUUUGAAGAAUACUAUGGAGUUUUGUAAAACAAUGACAGAGCAACAAAAUUACCAGCUACAAGCUUCCUUGUUACUAACAGACAAAAAGGCUGAUUGUGAGAUAUCACAAUCUAUCCAAAGACAGCUAACAUCCUGCAAGAAAGAGCUAGCUUCUGUGACAAUUGAGAACCUGUGUGAGGUGUAUUUUUCAAAACUACACCAAUCGAAUGAGGUCUGGAAAAAAAGAGAAUUGAAGAUAAAGCCGUUUGUGAAGGAAUGCAUCGGGAUCUGCUGGAUGUGUCUGAUUCAGUUUCCACCAUUGAAGGUUGAAUUUGAACCAAAUGCUCGUGGAAGAUAUUUCAACACAGACGUAUACAGGCCAUAUACAAAAUCUGGCGCAAGCAUUGAUUUUAUAGUUUGGCCAGCAUUACUGCUUCAUGAGAAUGGUCCCGUUAUUGCAAAAGGAAUAGCUCAGGGGUUAACCCACACUACAAAUCGAACUGGGGGCCAGACUGCGAUAAAAGAGAAACAUAGUGGUAAAACAUCAAGCAUUUUUGUGCCUGCUUUUAGUAGAUAUAAACAAGUGAGCAAAAGCGCCAACGAUUUAAGCACGAAUUCUUUCUAUCCGAAUAACAGAUCGUUUGAAAGAGUAAAUAAUGCGUCAAUGUCGAAAGAACAACUAUCAAACCAUAACGGAGCCGACGGACAUUCAAAGAAACGCAAUCUCAAUGCAUUCAUUCGAGAGAGAUUAAGCAGAGCCGACCAAAAGGUAAAAUGUACAACCACACAACAGAGAAUGAAAACAAAGUCUAGGUUUAGAACACAAAGUGCUGAUGGGCGACAACAGUUUAUGAUGUUAUAAUGGAUCUUGACUCCUAGCGGAAUGAUUACACCCCAAUCGCCUAGUAGACUUCAUCUUUUAUAUACGGACAUUGGGGAGUUUCUUCAAUAUGUUGAAAGGUAUGGAGAAGAAAAAUCAUAAAAGAAACAAUUUGUUCCCACAAAUUCAAUGUCAAAGAUAAUGCAAAGGAAAACUAUCGUUACAAGUCGGAACCGCCCUAGCAGUACAACACUCAGAUUAAAUUCACACACGUUAUAGACGUUCACGAUAUGAAAUUUUAGAUUUUCAGGGAUAGUUUAACAGAUACGUGUAUGUUUGGUCGCAUUUUGUAACACUAUUGUAUCAAGUAUAUGAGAAGAUUGAGUUCAUUCGCGACGGUCAGCUUGCUUAAACACAUUUAAUAUGCAGAUGCUUACUUCAUACUCUCCUGCUAUUAUUAUUGUUGUAGUAUAUGUACAGCUAAAAUUAGAUUAAAAGGUAUUAAAGAACGUUUCUGACAAGUUAAUCAGAUACGAAUAUGAUGAAAUGUAGCAUUAUCAUUGAAAAUAGCCAUGAUAUCUCGAGAGGUGUUAAACCCUUUUUAUAGAUACAGAAUUCUGAAAGAUCGCUAAUGUCAGAAGUAAAAAAAAAUCCAGCUUAUCAAAACAGAAUAAAUGUUUGUUUGGUUUAAGCGGCACAAUUAUUGGUCAUGUUGCGACUUUCCAGCUUUCGUACUGGAGGAAGAACCAAUGUGCCCCUCCGAGCAUUAAUUCAUCAUUGGCGGGCAUCCGGGUAGACCCGCCGACCUACCAAAAGCCAUCUGGGUGACUUCUUUACUUGAAGAAUUCAACUCCCCGAGUUAGGGGGUAAGUGAUUCGAAGUCAGAGGUCUUAACAACUUGGCCACGGAGACCUUGAAUUCAUGUGAUUGUAAACUCUGUAACAUUGACUCUUUCUGUAAUCCAUCUUGAAUUAUGUCGAUGUGUUAGGCUGAUGUCUGGAAAAGGAAACUGUCAAGCUAAACAGACAAAACCCGAAUUUAUUUUUACUAUGAGGUAUAUAGUGUAAAACUUCAGACACAAAUCUAACACGAGCUAUUGUCAAAAUUCUAUCUGAAAUAACUCCCCGAAUCGAAUCUGGAUAUCGGUUUAACGACAUUUUCUAGCAAAAUUACAUGUAUACACGCAGAUCGCUUUAAUCUAACAAAUAUAUUUCGGAGAACACAACUUCCACGCUUAUAUUACAUAUAUUACAUGAAUAUUGGCUUCUUUAAUUGUCCACGGCGAAAAUUUCCGUCUGGGCACCACAACUUUAAUGUAAGAGUUGUGAUCAUAUAUAUAUAAUGAACUAACAUGUUUGCAAUCUAACACAAUCGUCUUAUUAAUUUUAGUUGUACGCUAUGUGCACCUUUUUGUUUUGUAUCUGUUUUAGCUUUAGUUAAGGUUUGUGUAAAUUUAUAACCACUCUUUUUCAAAUUUAGUAAAAUAAACAACGACCAUUUACAUAAUUAAUAUUAAAAGUUGAGUGAAUUAAAAAGUCGGUUUCGUCUCUUAAAAUGUCUCAUACAGGGCAAUGAUAUCCAUAAGUUUAUGAGAAAGAGAAACCCUACAUGUUUGGACGCCUUCUGCUUACAACCAAAGAAAUUGCAAUGCUCCCGAUCAAGUGAAUCCUUGCAUAGUUCGUUUCAGUAAUUGUGUUUAUUCAUUUAUUGUGUAAGUUUUGCUACCAUUGUGAUAAACUGAAACCUAAGAAAAAAAAAUAAAGAUCAUUCACAUAAAUCAUAAAAUCAUUAUUUAGUGAUAAAAAUAGAAGGUUUGUUACAU